AUGGCAAACCCUCCACUGUUUUUCUUUUCUGCAUCAACCAGCAAGACAACAGGGAGUGUGGUCAUCUUUGGAGGAAUCGAUGAGUCUUAUUUCACCAGCUCCAUCAACUGGGUCUCCGUCACUUACAAAGGUUACUGGCAGAUCUCCAUGGACAGCAUCAUCGUGAACAGCCGGGAGAUUGCAUGCAGUGGUGGCUGCCAAGCCAUCAUUGACACCAGCACUUCCCUUGUUGCUGGGCCACCCUCCGGCAUUAGUAUCAUCCAGAGCACGGUUGGGGCUAGACAGGACACGUACGGAGAGCACAACGUGAACUGCAGCUCCAUUUCUGCCAUGCCUGAUGUCAUCUUUGUCAUCGUUGGGGUUCAGUAUCCUGUGUCUGCCAUGGCUUACAUUGAGCAGAAUGACCAAGGAUCUUGCAUCAGCAGUUUCCAGAACACCUCUGGGGCCCUCUGGAUCUUGGGAGACAUCUUCAUCAGGGUGUACUACAGCAUCUUUGACCGGGCCAACAACCGCAUUGGACUGGCCAAGGCUAUUCAGAUCCACCACAAGGCCAGCGGUGCUGUGGUUUCAUCAUGCAGAUAA